GUCGGAACCUUGGUCAAGACUUGUGGAUAAUGCAAAAACGGUAAGCUUGACUGACCUUUGAAUACACACUAGGCCAUGAGAACUGCUAAUCUCCGGCUUGAGAUAAAUUAGCGUGUUUUGCUCAGCCAGAUCGUACGAUCGCGUUUUGAGGACUCUCCAGCUUCCUACCAUUAUCAACCACAUCUACGCCUUCCUGCCAGAGCUCCUUGAAGCCAACGUCAAGAUGUCGAGAAAAAGAUUCAACAGAGAAGGAUUUCUGGUCCUUGACGACGGCAAGACCUUCUUGCCUAUUCAACGAUCCCCUUACGACCCCACACCUUCAACACAAUCAGAUGUCAACUUCUUCAUAUCGGAAUUAAGUGCACUCGACUUCGAAGCUCUUGGAGUCGAUGAAGUCAAUAAGAUGACAAGGAAGUUGGAGAAGGAAAUCCUGGUCAUCCCUUUGGGCUCCAUUGGCUUGAUCGAUUAUUACAUAUACUGCGACAUCUUCCUUCCAGGAUCUUUGAACGGUCAAAAGAACAGCGAAGGCCGUGCGCAUGUCAGAGAGAGUCUGAGGAACCUGAAGUUCUUUAAGCUCAAUGGAAACCCAGUUCAUUCAUCUGUGCUUGUGCUCCCGCUUGGCCGACUCUACGCGUCGCACCACCACCACCAGCAUUUUUUGCAGUCUCACUGGGUCAUUGUCCUUGAUAAAACACAGCAACUUUGGGCACUAUAUGCCGACGGAAUUGAUAACGAGGAUGCUGUCAAAGAGACGAACGGAAGACCUUACAGAUACGAGGAGGCGUGGGACACAGCGUUUGGAGCCGAUCGAGCUGAUGGCGAGAAGGUUGUCUUGCUUGGCUCUUUGAAGGACAUUCCCUUUAAGGAAGGUGGACGAUUGAACCAAGUCAAAGUUCAGGGUCGCUCGGAGUGGUCGACUACCCUCAGCAACUUCGAUCUCCGAAAGCCUAUGCUCUCUCCAAAUAUCGUUGAGAGCCAUCUCCGCCGGGAUAUUCGCCUCAUUAGCAACCCUGGAAACUCCAAAACCAAGGCCAGAAACAUAUUCGAGUUGGAGCACGAAUACGGUUAUCUCAAUUUCUGCGACGACGUGCAGCGACUCAAUGAGCCAAAGGGUCUAAUUGUCGGACGUACACUGAUGGACGCAGCCUGGUGCAGACUGGUUGUACAGUUCUUCAAGGCUUCUAUCGUUGGACGCACUGCUCUUGGUAUCCGUAAAUGUGUCAAAUCAUUCCACGAUGCCAUCAUGCAGGGCCAUGGUAUAUCAGCGCAGAAGUACUGGUAUAGACAAGCCAAUGAUUAUCCGGGUCUUAAUAUUUCCGAGGGUUCGAGCAACUACUGGGACUGCGGCCAUAGAGGCAUGAUGUGGUGGAAUAGUCGUCCCGGAUCAUCGGAUAUAUCUGUGCGACACAACGCACCCCUUCAGAAGUUUCUCGUCGCCUAUGUUAUGAAGGAUGAUGCCACAGAGAAUGAGGAGCCUAUGAGUCUUGCUGAGGCAGAGGAAUAUGGCUUGGUCAAGCUUAUCAACGAGUAA